CUGAACCAUCAACGGGCAUCCUGCAGCUCGUCAUACACGCAUAAAAAACAUGGACAGUGUACUUCUUUGGGACGAAAACAAAGUUAACAAAUGGUUGGCCUCUAUUGGCUAUUCUUCCUUCGAAAAAACCUUCAAAGAACAAGGCAUUACCGGCGACGUACUCGUUCAUCUAGACCAUGAUUCACUCAAAGAUCUUUCCAUACAUUCCGUGGGGCAACGGCUCGAUAUCCUCAAAAACAUCUACCAUCUGAAAGCAAUGUGCCGUGUACCAUUGAAUGAAUGGGAUUAUGUACCUCCCAGUGUAUUAUACGAAAACGACUGGCUAGGACACAAUGGACUGGCAGAUUAUCGCAAGAUCGAAAUGGCCUUCCAGGAACGAGACGAACACGUUAGACGAUUGACAGAAGAUCUGUUGCGCAUUAGCAGUGAGAUGGAUCGUCUGCGUGACGAUCUGUUCCGAUUUUCCAAAGAAAAAAAGCCAUCCUCCUCCUCCUCUUCAUCUCAAUCAUCUGGGCAAAAAUACCAUUUAACCAAUGCGGGGAGUUCUUCAAAAGCGGGACAUAUGCUAACGCCGCCAACCUCUACGUUAUCUUCUUCACAUCCCACUCUCGAUUAUUUCAAUCCAGCCAAUGAUGAGCCAUCGAAACCCACGCCACAUGUCACCAUCAAUGACGGUGGAGCCAUCAAAGUCUACGGUGAAAAAAUAUCCAAUAGCUCCAAGGUUGAUUUGGAGUCUUCCAAAAAUGUUCGAUUACUAUUGGACGAUCCGUGCUCCAAAGUAAUCACGUCUGCGCUUAAAAAGUACAAUGUGAACGAUGACUGGCAACAAUAUGCUCUGUGGAUUCAGUUUGGUUCUCCUGACAAUAUCCAAGAACAAGCACUCGGAUACGACGAAAAACCACUGCGAAUUUCUCAGAAAUUAAAGGAAUCGAAUCAAAACCCAGUGUUUGUACUGAAACAUGUCAAGGACAAUAAGCCAUUCAUUCCUCCCUCUGGCAGCAAUUCUCCACAGAACGUUCUGCCAUACAGUUGGAGGAGCGAUCAUUAUCCAAAAACGGCCAUUACAGCUGGAAGAGUAGGCUAUGAAGUGGUGGUUCCCGUUAUUUCAUCGUCCAUUAGCACCCCAACGCCUUCCACAACCCCCAUUCCAUCAAGUCCUUCUGCAAAAAGAAGUGGGACAAUCCAUGCACCAGCCCCGGAUAAAUUAUUAAGCGAACUUGGGUUAGAAAGUGGCGUGGCGACAGCCAUCUAUUCGAUAAUGAUGGAACAUGACAAAAACCCAUGA